AUGUGGAGAAUGUGUGCGCGUACUGUCUGUCCAUGUUGCAGGCUGAGUGGAGGGAAGGCAGCGGAAGCUGGACGUAACCCUCAUCAGCUAACCCCAGUCACCGCCGCGCCUGUCCAAACCCUCCGCACGCUCCCGCUGAAGCGGCUGAAGGACUAUCUGGCAGCCUACGACAUCCCCGCAGUAGGCGUGAAGGAGAAGGAAGACCUCGUCGAGGCGGCCGUGAGGGCGCGAAACCCCUCAACGGGCACGUUGACACCAGCGCACGAGUCGUACUUCCGCCGCAAGUCGGUGCCGGGCGCACGUCGGCGGGCUCCGCCCUCCUCCUCUGGUCCAAGUAAUAACACCACGGGGACGAACACGACAUCGUCAUCGACGCCGCCCUGGGCCGGCCGCAUUCCCCGGCCAAGCCACCUCGGUCCGGGAUCGCACCGGUAUUUUCAGCGGCCGCUGUCGCCUGCUGAACUGCAGGAGUACAGGCAAUGGUAUCAGGAGCAGUACGGGCGUCCUUCGCCACCGUCUGAUUCGCAACCUCAGCCUCAGCCUCAGCCUCAGCCCCAGCCGCAGGCCCGACCUCCGCCGCCACGACCGCAACCACAACCCCAGCCGCAGCCGCAAGCCCGGCCGCAAGCCCGUCCCCAAGCCCGUCCCCAAACCCAACAGCAGGCGCCGAAACCGACGCCCAAGCCGACACCGAAAUCGCCUCCACCCCCAGUGCCAACGCUCAUGAGUCUUGUCCCGCUGCCGCGAAGCUACCUCAGUUCUCUAAGUAUAGGCACGCUGAAAGCGAUUCUGUACGAGAACCACGUACACGUGGAUUUCUCGCAGGUUCUCGAGAAGUCCGAGCUCGUGGCACGCGUGGCCGAACUCGUCGAGGACGAGCGGAAGAGACUCGAGCGCCAGAGGUGGGAGGAGGAGAGGGAGGAGCGCGCUGAGCGGCUGGUGCGCGGCGAGAUGUCCCCUGGCCCCAGCGGUCUGGACGGGGACCUGAUCGACCUGAUGGGAGACGCAGAGCCUAUCGAUAUUCCCGCCGCUGGAGACGGUGUACGGAGCGAUAACGGGAGCGGGAGCGAACCCCGUGGUGCGCGAUCACCCAGGUCGCCGCCCACCGGCCCCCAAGCUGAGGAUCGCGGGUUGUGUGUCGUGUGUCAGGACGAGGAGGCGACGCUCGCCGUUGUGGAUUGUGGCCAUCUGGCCAUGUGUGCGCCUGACUCCAGACUGCUCCGACCUCGUCAUGGCGACGACGAAGGCUUGUCCCAUGUGUCGGACGAGGAUUGUGACGCCGCAACGGCUUAUCAGGAUUUACCGGGUGUAGAGUAG